AUGGAAAACGUCGCAUACCAACCCGUCCGCGACAACGUCGACGUCGACAGCGAGAAUCUGAACAGUGAGAAACACAACGAAAAGCUCAACACAUCCGGUCAUAAAUCGUGGAAAUGGUUUUCUAUAGUCAUUUGGAUCGCCGUGGGCUAUUCCCUCGCUUUCAUAACAGUCGCCUUUCUGCACCCAUAUACAAAAGAAUCAUAUGGGCGAGAAUCCUCCGCUUGGUCGCCCGCACUUGAAAUCUAUGACGACGACAAAUUUUCAACGCAAAGAUUCAAUGGUGCCCUGAGGGCACAAAACGAGUUUCGUGGCCAGCCGAGCCAGGAGAUCGACGAUGCUUGGGAUGAAAUCUUACAUCCCGAAGGGGGCCUGGUACGCCUAUCCAAAGAACAGAUUGACAAAGUGAAGGCUUCCGAGUAUGCGGCCGAGUAUACAGAAGAUAUGGGAGGUGGGUAUAUCGGGAGUAUUGAAGCACUGCACCAACUGCACUGCCUGAAUAUGUUGCGGCAAGUGACUUAUUUGGACUACUAUCUCCCGAAGAAGAAGGAGUGGAGGGAUGAUCCGCAAACAUUGCGGUUUCAUCUGGAUCAUUGUAUUGAUAUGAUAAGACAGAAGCUUAUGUGUAGUCCUGACGUCGGGAUAAUUACUUACGUGUGGGCUAAGGGAUACAAGCAUCCAUUCCCUGAUUUCAACAUUAUUCACAAAUGCAGGGACUACUCGAGGUUGCUCGAGUGGGUAAAAGAAAACGAUGUCCAUGGCAGAAAUGUGUCGGACCUUCAACGAGUUCCGGGAGCAAAGGAACGGGAAACUCGGCCUUGA